AUGGCAGGAGGAGUGAGGAGAAUCAAGCUGGGAUCACAAUGCCUAAAGGUAUCAGUGCAAGGCUUAGGCUGCAUGGGAAUGCCUUUUGGCUAUGGCCCUCCAAAGCCUGAGGCAGAUAUGAUCAAGCUGAUACACUUUUUUUUCCAAACGCUGAUACACUAUGCCAUCAAUAGUGGCAUCACUCAUCCGGACACCUCUGAUGUCUGUGGCCCCCAUACUAAUGAAAUCCUCAUUGGAAAGGCAUUGAGGUGGGUGCAAAGGGAGAAAGUUCAAAUUGCUUCGAAGUUUGCCUCAAGAAUUUUGGAAAGUGGAGAACGUACAAUAUGUGGCGAUCCAGACUAG